GAAAUCAUGAAUCCUGUGUAUAGCCCUGGAUCUUCUGGGGUUCCCUAUGCAAAUGCCAAAGGAAUUGGUUAUCCAGCUGGCUUCCCAAUGGGCUAUGCAGCGGCUGCUCCGGCCUAUUCCCCCAACAUGUAUCCUGGAGCAAACCCUACCUUUCAAACAGGUUAUACCCCAGGCACCCCAUACAAAGUGUCCUGUUCACCCACCAGUGGGGCAGUGCCACCGUACUCCUCAUCCCCCAAUCCCUACCAGACCGCUGUGUACCCAGUUCGAAGUGCCUACCCACAGCAGAACCCAUAUGCACAGCAAGGCACUUACUACACACAGCCUCUGUAUGCAGCACCACCCCACGUAAUCCACCACACCACAGUGGUGCAGCCCAACGGAAUGCCAGCCACCAUGUACCCUGCUCCCAUCCCGCCGCCGCGGGGCAACGGCGUCACCAUGGGCAUGGUGGCUGGGACCACUAUGGCAAUGUCAGCAGGUACUUUGUUGACAACUCAUUCCCCAACUCCAGUAGCCCCUCAUCCAGUUACUAUGCCCACGUAUCGGGCUCCAGGAACACCAACUUAUAGUUAUGUGCCCCCACAGUGGUGAUCAUCCUGGCAGCCAGUGUUUGAAGAUGGGAGAUAUGCAAUCAAGAAAUUGAGGUUUAAAAGUUGGUGCUGAAGCCCCUCAUGCCUCCAACCAGGACUUUCCUUCUGAAUGCUUUCAACACUUGGCUAAACACUACUAAUUCCUGUUCACUGAAGAUUUUCCAGUGCUGCAUAUCUUACAUCUUGGAACUCCAGCAGUUAGUCUUAAAGCAAAUCCUGUUUUGUGGACUGUCUUGCAAUUUUUUAGCUAAUUAUAAUGAUAAAAAGGGAGUAUAAAUUUAUUCUGAUCCAUAUCUAGUUGAAUGCAUGUUAAAACACAAAAACAAAGCUUGCUCAAUCUACCUGCAGUGACUGAUGCAAAAACCAUCAUAUGCAAAUCCAAAGGAACCGAGAAGUAUUUUACAACUUGUAUCACUCAUGCACUGUUGUAAUGUAUGCAGGGUCUGAAGAGGUAGAGUCAUGGAAGUGAGUUUAUUUCUAGAAUACCAUAACAUACAUUAGAUAAGUGCUUCAGCCUUUUUCAGGUUGAUGGAGUUGCCAGUUUAAAAGGGGCAUACUUUUAUUUAAGUCAUGUGUUCUGUUCAAAUUCACCUACUUAAUUGGAGCGACUGGAAAAUGAAUCAAACGAGCUGUAGAAAUCCCACACACAAUUAGUUUACUUCAUACCUUCUCAUUUUCAUUACAUGGAUUCAGUGUUAUACAGAUGUUCUUAAGGAUCAGAAUG